CACGCACUGAGUGGCACAUCGCAGUUUACUUCGUGUCGUGAAUUUGUCCGGGUUGUUGGACGGAUUUUGCCGUGCGUCUUGAGAGAAGCGUUUUAUUCCGGGUCCUUGGAAGGAUCACGAAAAUGUGAACGGUCGGGCGGGCAAUCAAUCGUUCUGUGCAAGUGACAAACAAUUGAAGUGGCAGUGCUUGUGCGAAAGUUGUGUCUGGAGCGAGAAAAGUGUGCGUUCUGCGCGACGGUGUGAUGUGAUCCCCACUCACUCCCAAGUCUGCAUGUUUACAUUUUCGCGGGUGCAAUUUGUGAGUUUCCGAAACAUUCAGUGAAUUUCGCGCGGGUCGGCGAAGCCGCUAAAGCGAGGAAACUUCUAGCCGAGCGGGCCAUCUGUCAACGAGGGCGGGCAGCGCGAAAACGCCAUGAACAUGGGCAGCAGCGACGACCGGGUCUACGCUGCCGAGAGGAUUAUCUUGAAGCGCGUUCGCAAGGGCAAAGUUGAGUAUCGUGUAAAAUGGAAAGGCUGGAACCAACGAUACAAUACAUGGGAACCCGAAGAAAACAUCCUCGACCGUCGUCUUAUUGAUAUGUACGAAGACAAUCUCAAAUCUAAUAACACGCCCAGUAAACGCAAGCGUAAGGAAAAGGAGCGCGAUCCUGAUCCAGAGAGUGAAGAUGAUGAUGCGGAUACUGUUGAUGAGUCUGAAAAAGAAAUUCCUGUAGCGUCUAAACGAAAGGCUGAAGUCUUGAAGGAGUCGGGGAAAAUAGGUGUGACAAUAAAAACAUCGCCUGAAGGUCCACCAACGGCUAAGCAACCCUGCAAAGAGGUCACAACACCAACAUCAACCACACCUCCAGCAGCGGUAUCCUCACCUACAGCCAGUGAAACUCCAGCGCCAACAACACCUGCAUCAGAAUCGGUCACACCAGCUGUAGCGCCCAUUCAAAAAACAGAUUCCACUACCCCGUGUACAGAAACAGCAGCGCCUGUAUCGGCGCCUCUUAAAGCUGACGCGGCACCUCUAUCACCUGCCACGCCAGCAUCGCGUCCGGAACAAGAUAUUCCGGCCGAUAAAGUGCCACCAUUACAAGCGAAAUCUGACGAUGAAGUGCAAAAUAAUAAAUCAUCACGAGAAAACAUCAAUGUUGCGAACAACAACAAUAACAACACAAUGAAAGCUGUUCAGGUACCAAACUCACCUCGGACGGCACCGCCUCGUUUAUGGCUACCAACAUCACGUGUUACUGAUCAAAUUUUCAUCACGGACGUGACAGUCAAUCUUGAAACGGUGACGAUUCGUGAAUGUAAAACAGAAAGAGGGUUCUUCCGCGAGCGUGAUCUCAAAACGGAUAUAACCAACUGAGAUUCAAUGACUGAAACAAAAAUGAAUCGAAAACGCCGUAAAAAGCAUAAGUCGAAUAAGCAUGAGCAGCAAAACUACAAUAAAUAUGAUUCCAAGGAGCAGGGCGUAGUGAAAAGAGUGAUCUUUCCUUGUAUUUGAGCGUUGACGGAUUGUUUUUUUUUAUUAUUAUUUGUUAGUCCUUAAUGUAGAAGCAAUAUUCAUCCUAUUCCUAAUGGGAAGCGGUUUUAAUGUGUAGGGACUGUUCUCAACAGUUUAUGGCUUUUAAUGUUGGAUUAAUUUCAAAGAAUUCCAAUCGAUUGUAUUCCAGGAAUGCACAGGUGUCGGUCUACGGCACUAAACAACUCUCAAUCUACCCUAGUUUGAUCUCACCCUCCCACAUCUUGAAUAACAAUGUGCCUACUUACAUAUUAGUCGCGUCAUACGGUGAGUUCAUUUAUAUCAUUUAUGCUACAUACAAUUUGAUUUCCCACCCUUACCGUAUAUAAUAACGUUGCAUCAGUAUACAUUGUCAGUUCGAAAGUUUUGUGUUCAUUAACAACAUAUGAUCCAAUAAGGAUUACGGGAGGACAUUAUGGAUGAGUAUUCAUUUCACUUUUUCGUAACGAGGAUGAACAAUAAGAAAUCAAUACGGAGCUAGCAAAUCCAUGUAUUUGAUUAACUUAUUACCAAUUCCUAUCACAAUCGAUAAUAAGUUUUGUAAUCCUUAUUUGAAAUCAAUCUGCAAUCCUUACUCAGUCAUAUUUCAAGUGAAUCGAUCUCUUGCAAUACAGGAUACUGCGGAUCUGGAAAAUUGCAUGAUUGCAUGGUUGCCGUGAGAAGUGUUUCUAAACUUUUCCAUCUUUUUAUUCUUAUUUUUCACUCUUUAUCACCAACGCUCGACGCUCACCCAGCAUAUUCUAGUAAUAGCAAAACAAGCGAAAUGGAAGGUGUGUGUUAAGGGGAGACAUUAUAUUAUGUCAGUCAAUCGGGGUUGCUUUUGCAUCCGAACAUUUCUUAAUUGCUAAGUUGGACGAGGCUGUUCAAAGACCUUUUAGUUGCUAAAUAUAAACCUAUAAACUUAUAUACAAUAAAUAUAUAUAUUAUUGUUUUAAUGAUUGUAAAUAGUUUAUAAUAAACGGAAAAUUCUAUGUUUAAUUGAUUAUUGAUUGAACACGGAUCACAAAAACAAUAUUCAAAAGAAAUUAUUUAUGCGCUUAAUAAAAGAACUUAUUAAUUAAAAGCAACAAUUUAUAUUACAUAAUUAUACAAAUAAAAUGUGAAUUUAGAGAAUCAAAUGUUAGAGAUUGUACGUGUAUGUAUGUAUGAUGAGGACGACUCGAGUAACAACACUGAAAAGCAAACUACGCAAGACAUAAUGCAGAUCAUCUAUCGUUAAUUAUAUAUAGUUAGUGUUAGAAACAGAUGUAUUUUAUUUUUCUAAAAACCUAGUAGUAGUAAAGAAAACACAAAAAACAUGAAAACUAGCAAAACAACUCAAAAUAAGAACAGACAUGCUCGGAAAAUCAACUAUGUUACGUAAGUCGUCAUCUUCUUAUAUAAAAAAUAGUACCUAAAAUACAAAACAUAAUAUACACUCUUAUUUAUUUUCCAAUAAUGUAUUAUUGUAUGAUGCCAAAUUGCAACACACGCAUGGCAAUAGAUUACACUAUUACAUAGAAACUAAAAAUUAGUUAUGCUUUCAAGCAUCAUAUACAGAAGGAAUCGAGACAAAAUUAUUCUCUUAUUGAGUGUUUAAUUUUGUUUUCUCUUUAUUUUAAUAAAGACAAGAAUAAAUAGCAUCUUGAAAAAUCAAA